AUCUAAAUGAAUAGGAUAUAAUUAUCGAUGGAUAAUCUUCACCCUUGACAGCAGAGCUGUCAGUGCUUCUCACCCUCCGCUUCUCCAUCUCUCUUUGCGACCCCUAUCAGCUUAACCUACUCCCCUAGAAAGAAACCCUUCUCCAGGGUCACGGUUUUGGCUUCUGUUCUUUAUUCUGUUACCAGAAUCAGUUUUUUCCAUUCUUUAUUCCAUCGCGAUUGUUUUUAUUUGCAUCCAGGAUUUAAAUCGAUGAUGGAUAGAAGAAAGAGAGGGAGGCCUGACUUCAAAACUAAUGGCUUUGGUGGAUUGAAGAAAUCUAAGCAAGAAAUGGACCCCUUAUCAACUGUUGUAGGAAGCAAAUUGAAGCCAUGCACCAAGUUUUUCAGCACUGCUGGCUGUCCAUUUGGUGAGAGCUGCCACUUUCUCCACCAUGUUCCUGGUGGCUACAAUACUGUGGCCCAGAUGAUGAAUCUGGGACCUACUGUCACCCCACCAUCCAGAAGUAUGGCGGCCCCACUGCCAGUCCCUAAUGGCUUUGCUUCGUCUGCUGUUAAAGGCCGGCUAUGUAACAAAUACAGUAGUGCUGAAGGUUGCAAAUUUGGUGAUAAAAGUCAUUUUGCGCAUGGUGAGUGGGAACUUGGCAGGGAUUUUGCUCCAUCCCACAACAAUCCACGUGCUGCUGGAGGUGUUCCAGGACAUUUGGGUGGUCGUGUGCUGCUUUGUGGUUAUCAUGUGCAGUUGAUAGUUAGAAGAAUAAGAUUGUAGUUGAGCAUUUGAAUCUUUUUUAAUUGAAUAAUAGUUGGAGGCUUUACUUGUAUUCAGCUGCUAGAUGUACUUUUGGACUUUUAAGCAGUAUCAUUUAUUUGCGGA